CUCUAGUUUAACAACAAUGAUAGGAAGUCAUGUUCCUUCAGAAAUUACAAGUUUGAUCUUGGGCUAUGUCCAAAGGGACAGUGAUAUCAAAACAUGUCGCCUCGUUUGCUCGGAUUGGAACUCAAAGAUAUGCUCCAUUUAUUACAAGCAUGGGAUUUCAGUAACUCUUCAUAACGAAGAUACAUGUAGCGAGCUCGAAGACCAACUUGCCAAACUCCCCAAGUUGGCUUCCAGAAUUCAUAGGGUUUCCGUCGCAAAUCCUGUGUUUAGAGCCGUCAAUCCUUAUACGUUGAUAUCCGUUUUAAAUAUGUGCACAGCUCUUGAAAAACUUAACUUCCUCACACAUGACAAAACCAGUAGCUAUUUGUUGCUAAUCUUUCAAAAAGGACAUCUCUCAUGCAUAAAAGAAAUCCGUGUGGAUGGCAUAAACACAACUUCACCAGUAACGCGAAGGCUCCAUUCACUUGUCAACCUUAAAAACUGUGACCAAAUAACCAUGCUAGAACUAAGUGAUAUAACAGGAUAUGAUAGUGACGGUCUGCCAGCUGUUCGUCACCAAACACCCGACCAUCCUCUCCCCACGCCUCACUUUUCCUGUGAUGGUUAUCCUGAUUUAAUCAGUUACGCUUCAAAAUUUCCCAACUUGAAGGUUUUGAAAUUAUUACCUAGUCCAGAUAUUCAUGUUCUUGAUAUAACUGCUCUCAUGGAGUCCAGUAUCAUCUGCAAACUGGAGGCUUUGCAUAUUUCUAGUAAUGAUCUGGAUUUAAUUGUCCAAAAGGAACCUUGUGAUUGGCCAAAAGACAAUGAAUGCAACACGAUAACCGAACUUGAUAUCUGUGUGAAGACAAUCAGCGUAAGCACUUUGGAAUGCAUUAUGACGAAAUUCACACACCUUCAAAGGUUGGCCAUUGAUCAAGAUCUUCAUUUGACUGAUUAUCAAAAUUCAUCUUUUGAUAAAGCUGAAACUCAGGUGUUUAUGGAUCAAUUCACUUUUUAUUGUAAUCGUAUUAAAAAUCUGGAAGUCUUUAUGGUGUAUGAAACGUUGGAUGAAGAUGGUGAUAGGGUUCCAAGACAAAUUUCAACUCAAGAAGGUCGGCUCAUUGAUAUGGAGCACGAGUCAUGUUUCUGCUAUUAUAAGGAUAACACAUCCGUUGGUACUGGGUUUUUCGAUGAUGAUGAUCCGGUUGAAGAAUUUCAUUAUUAUUUUGAUGAUGAUGAUGAGGAUACUUACGCUCCUGAUGACGAUUUUUUUAAAACAAACACUAUUGAAAUGUGAUACGAGCAUUGCGACUAAGUACAGCGUAAUCAGCAGGUUCCUCAGGAAAAUUAAGCCCUAAAUCUCAUCACAUAAAAACUAUUCGAAAUAAAAAUGACAAAGGUUCAGAUUUCUCUUUUAU